AUGGAAAUUGACACUGGUUCGGCACUGUCAGUGUGUCCUCAGGAAAUAUUUGAGAAAUAUUUUUCUCACGUUCCAUUGAGAUCUGUAGAUAUUAAGUUGAUAACCUAUUCCGGCAACGAAGUCAUAGUAACUGGGCAAGCUCAAGUCAAUGUUGACUACAAGGACCAUUCUUAUUGUUUGCCUAUGAUGGUGGUUCAAAUAAAUCGUACUAACCAACCAAUGCUCUUAGGAAGAAACUGGAUUAAGCACAUUGAUUUAGAUUGGAAAUCAAUUUUCUCAUGUAAUUUUGCUAGCGCAACCGCUACUGGUAGGCAUGAACCCAAGCCUAAUGAGGCAGCCAAAGAUGGGGUUUCACCUAACCUAACCGGAAAGGUUUCUAUAGAACCUAAUGAGGUUAAGGCAUUAAAACAAAAAUAUGUCUCUGUAUUUAGAGGUGGUCCGGGGGAGAUCAAAGAUGUUGAGGCUAGGAUAGUCUUAAAAGAAAACUCUAUCCCUAAGUUUUGUAAAUAUAGACCUGUUCCGUACGCUUUGCGUACUUCUGUUGAACAAGAGAUUGAUCGGAUGAUAUCCGAAGGUAUUGCCUACCCUGUUACAAGCUCACAGUGGGCUACCCCAAUAGUAGUUAUACAAAAGAAACAAGGCGUCCGCUUGUGCGGGGACUUUAAAGUUACUCUGAACCAGGUUAUACAGUCAGAACAUUAUCCGUUGCCGCAGCCCGAAGAUAUAUUUGCCUCGUUAGCGGGCUGUAAAUGUUUUUCUGUGUUGGAUUUGGAGGCGGCGUACCUCCAGCUUGCUGUUGCAGAGGAGUCUCAGGAACUUCUGACAUUGGCGACACAUAAAGGUCUCGUGCGGCUACGUCGCUUACCAUAUGGCUUGUCGUCAGCCCCGGCCCUCUUCCAGGCGGCGAUGGACAAGAUAAUUGGAGGACUCCCAGGUACAGUGGCGUACCUGGAUGAUGUGUUGGUUGGUGGAUCAUCCCGAGAGGAGGCUCUAACAAGAUUGGAACAUGUUCUGCAGCGACUUCAAAGCUAUGGAGUUAAGGUAAACCAAAGCAAAUGUAAAUUUUUACAGCCUUCUGUUCAAUAUCUGGGAUACUGUUUGACUUCAGAGGGAAUUAGUCCCCAGGAAGGUAUUUUGGAAGCGAUCCGUGACGCUCCAGAACCAACGUGUAAGGAAGAGCUCAAGGCCUAUGUAGGCCUAAUCAACUAUUAUGGUAAAUUCAUUUGUAACCUGUCAGAUAAAAUAAGCUGUUUCUAUGACCUACUUAGAAAGGACGAACCUUGGGUAUGGUCUAAAGGGUGUUCAGAGGUUUUUCAGCAGAGUAAACAAUGGGUGUUGUCUACUGAUGUAUUGGUUCACUAUGACGUGCAAAAACCUUUGACAUGUGAUGCGAGCCCACGGGGUGUUGGAGCAGUACUUUCUCAUCUCAUUGACGGUGUGGAAAAACCAAUUGCGUUUGCCUCAAAAUCUUUGAGUGCAAGUGAAAAGAAUUACUCUCAACUUCACAAAGAAGCGUUGGGGCUUGUGUUUGGAGUCAAAAAGUUCCAUAAAUACAUUUAUGGUCGUUCAAAUGUUGUGUUGCAGACAGAUCAUGCGCCUUUGGUUGCCAUUUUUGGAAGUAAGCGAGGAGUGCCGUGUGUAGCUGCGGCUCGUCUUCAACGCUGGGCGUUGAUUUUGUCAGCCUAUAACUUCAAGGUGAAGUACAGGCGAGGGGUGGAUCUCCCUCAUGCUGAUGCCCUUUCAAGAUUGCCGCUGCCCAAUGAUGAGACCAUGGAAUUGGAGGCCAAUCACCUCUCUCACGUGGAAAAUGUGGUGGAAGUAUUUAGCUGCUACAAAUUGGUGAGUGACGACACACCUAUUACGGCUAAAGAUAUUGCUAGAUUGACUGAUAGGGAUCCUGUGUUAUCAAAAGUAAGGGACUUUAUUUGGCACGGUUGGCGUUCGGCCGAUGAACCUGAGUUAAUUGCAUAUUUCAGAAGGAAGGAUGAACUGUCGGUUGACAACCAUUGUGUCGUUUGGGGAGCACGAGUAGUCGUGCCCGAAAAACUUCGGAGUGCUGUAAUCCGAUUACUACAUGACCAGCAUCCAGGAAUAUCGCGUAUGAAAAUGUUAGCCAGGAGCUACGUCUGGUGGCCUGGUCUUGAGAAAAAUAUAGAGGAAACCGUGUCUACCUGCACUGUUUGUCAGUGCACUAGAAAUGCUGCCGUUAAGGUGCCACUGUAUCAAUGGCCUAGAACUACCAACAGGUGGCAGAGAAUUCAUAUUGACUAUGCGGAAGAUCCGCAAACUAGACAACAACUGUUAGUUAUAGUUGACAGUUUUUCAAAAUGGCUUGAAGUGUUUCUUAUGAAAUCAACUACAUCAUUCAAAACCAUUGAAAGAUUACAAACCUUGUUUGCUGCUUAUGGGUUGCCGGAAGAACUGGUAAGUGACAAUGCACCUAAUUUUACGAGUGCCGAGUUCAGGGAGUUUCUGAGUAGGAAUGGUAUAAAAUUCACCUUGUCACCCCCCUAUCACCCUGCGUCCAAUGGCGUGGCCGAAAGAUGUGUGCAAGAGGUAAAGAAAAAUCUGCAUAGGCAAGUGUUAGAAAGUCAAUUGGAAGGUGUUACCUUACAGCAUAAAUUAGACAACUUCCUGUUUGUGUACCGGAACACACCCAGCACAGUAACUGGACUCUCACCAGCCGAGUUGUUUCUCCAAUGGAAACCCAGAACAAAAUUGACCCUACUUAAGCCUAAUUUGUUGUCAGUGAUUGAUAAAAAGAAGGAACAGCAACGUUCAGCUGCAAACAGCAUCCGAGGUGAUGCUAGACAUUUUGACAAAGGAGAUAAGGUGUGGGUGAAGACGGUCAGAGGGGAGCAUGUGUCCUGGGUUCCGGGAAAAGUGAUGGAGCAAAGAAGCCCUGCGACUUAUGUUGUAAGUGUGUUAGGCAAGGUCCGGUUCUGUCAUGCGGACCAUCUGCGUUCCAGUCUUCUGGGAGACGAAGAGGAGACUUUGGUGGAUAGGCGAAUUCCACAGCCAUCACCAGUCAAGGCAUCACCUCCGGUUAGGCCUAUUUCACCAGUGAAGAUACCUAGCCCUCAGCCAGCGGCGAUAACGCCCUCACAUCAGAGGCGAAGCCUGCCAGAAGCAUCUAGCCCUCUACCAAGACUUGAAGAAAUACAUGAAGUGCAGUCAAGCCCGCAACUUCUUAGACGGUCUCAACGGGCCGUUCGUAAGCCGAGGAGGCUUGAUCUUUAA